ACGUUCUCCCAGCAGCCAAUCAGAUCCGAGGACAGGGAGGCACAGGCUACCGGCCUAAUGAACUACAGUGAAAGACAAGGAACAGAAGUGAAAAAUCCCUGAACCGUGAACGGCUUCGACCUUUCCGGUAUCAUUCUAAUGAACAAGUUCAACCACUUACAUGACAUCUGUUAACUGAGCUGCUACAUCUCCAGACACCGCGAGCACCCAGCACUGCUGUGCAGCUUUAACGGAUGACACUGAGCAACCAUCAGCAUGGAAACACAAGCAGAAGUUAUUCCCAUCUGGCAGAAUAAGCCUCAUGGAUCGACUCGCAGUGUUGUGAGAAGAAUAGGCUCCACUCUUCCACUCAAACCUCCACAGAGAGCAUGCUUCCAGGAGUUGCCUGGUUUGCCUUCUCUUCGUCCCGCUGAUGGACCUAUGGUUCCUACUCUAGCAGAUAUCGCUUGGAUCGUUGCAGACGAAGAGGAGACGUAUGCUAGAGUGAGGAGUGACACACGCCCUCUGAAACACGAAUGGAGGCCCACGCCGCUCCUGGUGCUCCACAGGAACUCGUCUGUGCCUAACUUCCGUCGGGAAGGUAAAAGGAUGGAGGGGCUCAGGAAGCCCGGCGUGACGGCUCUCAACCGCACUACAGCCUUGCAGGAUGAGCUCAGCAAACUCCGAGCUCAGAUCGCCAAGAUUGUUGCAAACGAUACAGGCUCCAACCCCCUGACCCCCGAUCUGCUCUCGCCUGACGAUACGAGCAUGAGCUUCUCCAUGGCGCCCUUCGAGACUGCGCCCUACCAGCCGGCGGCCAUCGCUCCCGCCUCCUUCGUCAUCAGCGACGUGACGGAGGAAGACGAGGACGAGGAAGAGGAGAACGACAAAGAUGUGGUCUCCGUGGUGUCGGAGCUGGUCCCUGACCCCCUGCCGCCAGUUUCCAUGACGGCAUCGGCGACUUUCGAUCUAGAUCGGCCAAGUAUGGACUUCCAGGAGGCGGAGGAGGACACGGUGUCGCUGUCCAAGUCCACCAGCUUCGCUGACGUCAUGGACAUCCUGAAGGACAUGAACCGCAUGAAAAUGAGCAAAGACAGGUAUAACAGAGGCUGCACAUCUCUUCGAGAAGAAGAUUCUGCCUCGUUGAUUUCUGAAGCUCUGAGGAAAAAAUUUGUCCUAAAGGAAGAAGACACAGCUGCUGUGAAGAGAAAGUAGAAAAUGAAACCCAAAUCCUGCUGCUUCAUGUAAGUCGAGAAAGCUGCUGGGCUCUAAAUUCUUUUUUUGGGGGGGAAAAAUAUUUCUUAAAGCAAACAUGUUUGCUUGCUGGUUUUUGCCCCCUUUUACUAUCAAUUUUAGGCUUUUUCUUUUUGAGUUACACUUCUUUCCUUUCAGAACUGAAACAAAAUCCUCCACCAGAGUCUGACUACAGACUUAUUUCUAUCAGAAUCAACAGUCGAUUGAAGUCGUUUAUUCUCCAUUUCUAUAAUUACACCUGUGGGAUUUUUUUUCUAAGAGGGCUUUGAGUGGAAAUAUGUUCCUCUCCUAUCUUAUAUUCUUGUUUUCUAUAUAGUUUUUGAAUAAAGAAGUGUGACAUACUUGAACUCAUUUCCUAAACGGCUGAAAAGCUGUCGUGUGCGCACAGAAAUGUAGUUUAUCAUGGUGUGUAUGAACGAAAUUUACUGCAGCUUAUAUGGCUCUUUUUGUGUGUGUGUUUAACUAUAGAUAGACAAACAUUAAAUAAACCCAUUUUAAAACUAAACAUACCCAAAGUUCAGGACUUUAGGUUAAAAAUUGUCUUUUUUUAAUUUAAAUAAAGCAGUUUAAGAGGCAUUUAGUUAUAUUAAGUCUAAAAAAAUGUGCAGAACUUGACCAACUUUUAAAAAUUUCAAAUUAAUGGUUAGCUUUUACAAAAUUAUAUGCUAUAAAAUGUCCAAAAUCUUUGUGUUAUAAAUUCCUCCCAAAGAUUUUCUCUUGGGAAAUUCUUCUUCGCUUCAGAUUUUCUAGGUUUGUCAUCCUGAACGAUCUGUUAUUUAGUCCUUGAACACCUUAAAGUUUAUCUCGUUAAAAAAAAAAAAUGUCCAAAAUCUGUCGGGCAUGCUGGCUGGAUCUGUGGGUUUAGAUGCUGAAACAUCUUAUACUUCCCAAAGAAGAGGAGCUGCUGUGUUAGUUUUUGAAUUUCUACUAUACUUGAGUGCAUGUAAUCAUUGUAACAUUUAGCCCUCACAACCAUGUGUAUGUUUUUUUUCUUUUUUGUGUCAUGCAACAAUUUGUAAAUAAAGAGUGUGCUGAUGUUUUUCCAA